UGAAAGUAUACUCGGGGAAAACACUUCUGUUCCGCGAAAAUCACGCGUGCCCAGGUGAUCUCAUACAGUCUAGUCAGCAACAUCCAGCAUAUCCAGUAGUGUAUAGUUCUCACAGUUUCAUCGUCCCGAUCAUUUGUGCUUUGCUACCGUUGCUGUUUCUGUUUUUACACCAUGGAUUGGCUGACACAACGUUACAUCUAUUGGACGAUCGGCAUCGGGGUUGGACUCCUAAUAGCGGGGAUCAUCACUUUCUGCAAGCUCUACCAUCGACAGACCGGCCUGGAAGACGUCUAUGGUCCCAGAGGGGUUCCUGCCGGUCGGCAAGCAAGGACAUCCUCUGAAGUCGCCCACGUUUAUUGUCCAGAUAACACACAGCCAACCUAUGACAGACACCAGUACGACAAUUAUGGGGGGCAAAAGUAUGACACAACGGGCAUUCCAAACCGUGACUUAGACAUCAGAGGCGGAAGGGCACUAGGCCGGUCGGGACGAAACGUUGUCUUCGAGAGCGCGUAUGAUGACAUGGUUCAACAGGAGAAAUGUGAUGACCGUCUGGGUAUCGUCGAAAAUGAGGUGCUCCCGAACACAGACCAAACUGCUCGGUCAAGACGUCCUGACGACACGCGCGAAAGUCCAACCCAAACGUACGCGUUGGUAGAUUUCGACCGUGAAGCGCCGCCACCGCCAUACUAUGCGGUCACGGGAGGAGCAUCACAUGUCAUUCAAUGAAUACAUACAUGAUCUGCUAGAUAUCUGAUAAACAAACACCUCAACGAAAGUCAGCUCUCCCUACGAUUCGUCGUAUCCACAGCAGUGUGAUGAAAACUCCAGAAUGUCUCCACUACAGACUUAAUUGGUGAAAAGGACAGAAUCAUCAUUGGGACAUUUUAUAACCAAAGCUUUCAAAAUUAGGAAUGUAAAUGUUGAAUACGUUCCUAAAUAUUUCUAGUCCUGUAAAUAAUCAUAGCACUUAUUACAAUUUUUUGGUUUGUUUGAAAUUACAUGUACAUGCAGUUGCCGCAUUAUUUGUGUGUUUACUGUCACUGUGUCUUCAUAACGCAUAUGUCUCUGUUUUCUUCAGAAAACUAGAGCGCUUUUAGACCUCUGAUUAGCUGUGCUGUAACGAUAGCAACGUGGGAUUGUGGUUAUAUUGUAAAUUUAUUGUUUUGAUAUUUUGAUAGUAAUGUACAUUUGUAUUUGUGUUUCGUGCCUUAUAUGCAAAGAUUGUGUUUUGGGCAAUAAAUUUCAUUUCAUUUUAUUUCA